AUGAAAAGAAGCUCAAAACGAGGAGAUGAUGGUGUUGUUAGAUACUUUACUUUUGCAUGUGUUAAAAAUGACCAGAAGAAAAAAUCUGCAGGGAAGAAUUCAUUUGCCCCAAAGCUUUCAACAAAAACGGGUUGUAAAGCCAAGAUAAGAUUGACAUUGUGUGAUGAUGGGAAUAUUCGAGUGACAACAGUUCAUCUGGAUCACGACCAUUUGUUAAGCCCGGGAAAAUCACGUCAUUUUCGAUGCAACAGAAAGAUAGCUGAUCAUGUGAAAAGAAGGCUUGAGAUAAAUGAUGAAGCCGGGAUUGGUGUGAGUAAGAACUAUCAUUCUCUUAUUGUAGAAGCUAAUGGGUAUGAGAAUGUUACCUUUAAUGAGAAAGAUUGUCGCAACCAUAUCGAGAAAGUAAGAAGAAGCAAACUUGGUGUUGGAGAUGCUGAAGCAGUUUGCAAGUAUUUUGCUCAAAUGCAAGAAGUCGAUAAAAACUUUUUCUCAGCCGUGGACAUUGAUGAGGAGUCUCGUAUUAGAAACUUGUUUUGGGCAGACGGGCGAAGUAGGGCUGCUUAUGAAGAUUUUGGAGAUGUGAUCACGUUUGAUACGACGUACCUAACUAACAAAUAUAAGAUGCCCUUUGCUCCAUUCGUCGGCGUGAAUCAUCAUGGACAAUCUGUAUUGUUUGGUUGUGGGUUGUUAACUAAUGAAGACACAGAUUCAUUUGUCUGGUUAUUUGAGUCGUGGCUAAAGUGCAUGUCUGGAUGUCGUCCUAAGGGCAUAAUCACUGAUCAAUGUAAGGCCAUGAAAAAUGCCAUUGAAAUUGUUUUCGGCAAUAGUACUCGACAUAGAUUGUGCUUAUGGCAUAUAAUGAAAAAAAUUCCAGAAAAGUUGAGUGGAUAUUCCGAAUAUGAAGACAUCAAGACUUUCAUGCAAACAGUUGUUUAUGAUGCUCUUACUGAAGACGAGUUUGACAGUGGGUGGUCACUGAUGAUUGGUGGUUAUAAUCUUCAUGAUAAUGAAUGGUUGCAGGGAUUAUAUACUGAUAGAGAACGUUGGGUUCCUACGUAUGUGAAAAACUCAUUUUGGGCAGGUAUGUCGACCACACAAAGGAGUGAAGGUAUGAAUGCUUUUUUUAAAGGGUUUGUUAAUCAUAAAACCACUUUGAAGCAAUUUGUUGCUUUAUAUGAACAAGCAUUGAAAAGAAAGGUUGAGAAAGAGAAUGUGGCAGAUUAUGAAUCUUGGAAUUCUCGGUUUGAUUGCUUGAGCAAUUAUGAUAUUGAAAAGCAAUUUCAAAGUGCUUACACAAAUGUGAAAUUUAGAGAAUUUCAAGAUGAGUUGAGGGACAAAUUUUACUGCCAAUCUUCUCUCGUUAAAAUUGAAAAUUCUGUCUAUGAGUACAAAGUUGAAGAAGAUGUAAAAGUUGGCGACAUUAGAAAAGAUGUGACUUUUACUGUAUCCUUUGAUGAGUCUACUCAUGAAGUUAAUUGUGUCUGUCGUUUGUUCGAGUUUAGAGGAAUUCUUUGUAGACAUAUCAUGUCAGUGCUAAUUGCCAGAAAAAUAAAUGAAGUUCAUCCUCGCUACAUUUUGCCUCGAUGGAGAAAGGACAUAAAACGAAGAUAUACGUUGGUGAGAAUUGGAUACAAUCCUUUAAGCCAGCAGAUGCAACGAUGUGAAAAAAUAUGCAAGGCAUUCCACGAAGUUGCUAUUAUUGCUGCUGAUGAUGAAGAAAAAUAUGAGUUGGUAAUGAAAGGCAUACGAGAAUUGAAGUUAAGAAUUAGCAGUGAUGAUAUAGUACAUGAGGAAACAGCUCAAGCAUUUUCUUCACAGCCUCAAAAUUAUGUUGAGCAACAGAAAGUGUUAGGUGGAGAAAAUAAAGUUUUGAGUCCUGUGGUUACUCGAGGGAAAGGGCGUCCUGCUACUAAAAGAAAAAUUUCGAGAUUGGAAGCCGUGGUUCAGAAGCUUAAAAGAAAGAAUCAAAACAAGAAGCUUAAGGAGACUAAAGCAAAGAAAUUGAAAUGCACAAAGGUAUAA